AUGGAAACACCAGACACCACUUCAUCACUGUCACAUCUCAGCGAGAUCUCGCUGAAAUCUCUGGGGAUCGGAGUAGCUGGGAAGAGCGGGAAGGCGGAAAUCGAUUCCCUCGAUUGGCACUUGCUGUUCCACUCCAUCCGGCCAAACAUUCGCAAGAAGUCCGACCUGUUGAUCGCCCUCAUCCACCUGCUGGUCACCAAGGAGUACCGCCUGCGAGGAGCCACCAAGGCGGAGGCCAUUACAAAUUUCAGUGGCAGGCAGAUGGCCGGAGGCAGUGGCAGUGACUUGCUGCCCCAACACUGGAAUCGCGAUGCCCAUCGCUACUCACUGAACUACGUGGAUGAGCUGGGCAGCCAGUACGUCCUAAUGGCCAAGCUGAGUCGUCGGGAUCUGGUGAUCAGCCUGCAGAACUCGACCAGCAAACGAAUGUCCAUCGCCUGUCUGCAGCCCGAGAAUCUGGUGAUGUCUACGACUAGAUCGUCCUUCGGGAAGUGCCUGCCGGGGGUGGAGAAGAUAAUGCAGCGUCUGCGUUUCGAUCUGGUGGAUCCGGCAGUGCGGGGAGUUCGCAAGAGGGAUCCUCUCGGUCUCCGGUCUGUGGCGACAUCCUCCAGGUUGACCUUCCAGCACAGCAAGAGCAUCCAUGCCCUGGCCAGCGAGGAGUCCUCUUAG